AUGGGUAAAGGACGUCGCAUGAAGAAGCAAGGCCCUCCGGCCCCUCUGGACGAGUCCAAGUUCGACCUCAAGAAGCGCAAGGCCGGCGCUGAUGUCGCAGAGACCAAGGCGGAAGCGGGCAAGAAGCGGAGAAGAGAGGUCGAUGAGGAGGAGAAGCCGAAGAAGAAGGUCAAUGGCGCUGCUGCUGUCAAUGGGAAGGAGAAGAAGGUGAAUGGAGCCGCGAAGAAGGAGGUGGAGGAGAAGAAGCCUAAGGCUAAGCCUGUUGACUUUAUGGAGUCGGAUGAUGAGAAUGAUGAGGAGGCGUCGGAUCUUGAGGGUGAGGGUGAUGAUGAAGAGAUGAUGGAUGAUGAGUUUGGUGAUUUGGAUGGUGUUAGUGAUGGGUCGGUGGAAGAGGGUUCGGACGUGGAAGAGGACGACUCGUUUAUCGAUUCCGAAGAAGAAGACCACCCCCGGCAAGCCAUGUUUUCCGACGACGAGGACGACUCCGAUGCGGAGGAGAAGCUCACAGCAGCUAACAUGGAAGGAUUGUCGCGGAAACUCGACGAAGCCAGACAACUGGAAGAAGAGGAAGCCGAGGCUGAAUUGCAGGAGGCAGCUUUGCAGACCAACAUUGCCGGUGACCGGCCAGAUGUGUUUCAAGCCGGUGAAAGCGGGCAAGGUCUUGCUCCUGACCUUCAGCUCCUUCGGACACGGAUUACGGAUACAAUUCGGAUUCUGGGCGACCUGAAGACAUUGGGCCAACCUGGCAAGUCGCGUGCCGACUACGUUCAACUGCUUUUGAGUGACAUCUGCACGUACUACGGCUACACCCCAUUCCUCGCAGAAAAGCUUUUCAACCUCUUCACCCCCAUGGAAGCAUUCGCCUUUUUCGAAGCCAACGAAACCCCCCGUCCCGUCGUCCUCCGUACCAACACCCUGCGCACGAACCGUCGCUCCCUCGCCCAGGCACUCAUCAACCGCGGUGUCGUCCUCGAACCCGUCGGCAAAUGGUCCAAGGUCGGUCUGCAGGUCUUCGAAUCCGCCGUUCCCCUGGGUGCAACCCCCGAAUACCUCGCUGGCCACUACAUCCUCCAAGCCGCCUCCUCCUUCCUCCCCGUCAUGGCCCUCGCCCCGCAACCCAACGAGCGCGUCCUCGAUAUGGCCUCCGCCCCCGGUGGUAAGACAACGUACAUCUCCGCCCUCAUGCGCAACACGGGAACCGUCAUCGCCAACGAUGCCAGCAAACCCCGUGCAAAGGGUCUCAUCGGUAACAUCCACCGUCUGGGCUGCAAGAACACCGUCGUCACCAACCUCGACGCCCGCGACGCCUUCCCCAAGGCCAUGGGCGGCUUCGACCGCGUCCUCCUCGACGCCCCCUGCACCGGAACAGGCGUUAUCGCCAAGGACCCCAGCGUCAAGACCUCCAAGAACGAGCGCGACUUUCUCGCCAUCCCGCACAUGCAGCGCCAACUGCUCCUCGCCGCGGUGGACUCCGUCGACCACGCCUCCAAGACAGGCGGCUACAUCGUCUACUCGACCUGCUCGGUCACUGUCGAAGAAAACGAAGCUGUCGUGCAGUACAUCCUCCGCAAACGGCCCAACGUCAAGCUCGUCGACACUGGCCUUGGCGGCUUCGGUACCCCGGGUUUCACAAAGUACAUGGGCAAGCAGUUCGAUCCCAAGAUGACCAUGACCCGUCGCUACUUCCCGCAUCGCGAGAACGUCGAUGGUUUCUUCGUGUGCAAGCUUAAGAAGACCGCUGCUGGCCCUGAUGCUAAGAAGGCUGCUACCGCCAACGGCGAUGCUGCUGAUGCUCCUGCCACCAAGGCUCCUUCGAUUGCUUCUACUACCAGUGACGAUGUUGAGAUGGUCGAUAAGACUCCCAUUAUCGAUGAAGAGGGCAAGAGCAUUCCUCUCGAGGGUGGUGCGUUCGGUCCGUUCGAGAACGACGAUGAGGAUCUGGAGCGCAUCGCACGUGCGGAGCGGAGUCGCUUGAGGAGAAAGGGUCUCAACCCCAAGGCUGUUCUGAACAAGCCCAAGAAGGCCAAGUCCGAG